UGCAGCACAACACACAAUGGAAAUGAAAGGAAAGACUUCUGAACCUCUUACAUGUAAUGAUGCCAGUGAAAGGAUCGACCCCUAUGGCUUUGAGAGACGUCACGAUUUCGAACCCUACAAGGAGAUGAUGAAUGAGUAUGUAGCUGUCCUCAACAGGCGGUCCAUGAGAUGGUCCAAGCUCCUUCAGGAGAAACCACAUGUUGAGAAGAACUUGACAGUGAAAAGGUACGUGCGUAAAGGCGUGCCCAAUGAGCACCGUGCCAAGAUUUGGAUGGCAGCCAGCGGUGCACAGGACCGACUGGAGAGCAACCCGGGUUAUUACCAGUCUGUGCUGGCCAUGGAGCACGACACCAAGCUGAAGGAGACCAUUCACACAGACAUGCAUAGGACCUUUCCUGACAACGUCCUCUUCCAAAGCAGAGCAGAACCGAGCCUGCAGAGGGCUCUGUACAACGUGCUGCUGGCCUACGGACACCAUAAUACGGAAGUGGGAUACUGUCAGGGCAUGAACUUCAUUGCAGGCUACCUCAUGAUCAUCACCAAAGAUGAAGAGAAGUCCUUCUGGCUCAUGGAUGCAUUGUUGGGCAGAAUGCUCCCAGACUUCUACAGCCCGACCAUGAUGGGCCUGAAGACGGACCAGGAGGUUCUCGGGGAGCUGGUGAAGGAGAAAGCUCCUGCAAUAGGACAGCUCAUGGCCCAGUUUCCCGGCAUAUGGACACUGGUGGUGUCACGUUGGUUCAUCUGCCUCUACAUUGACAUACUCCCAAUAGAGACAGUUUUGCGAGUUUGGGAUUGUCUUUUCUACGAGGGCUCCAAGGUUCUUUUCCGUGCUGCUCUGACUCUUAUUAUUCACCACCAGCCGGAGAUCCUUAGAGCUCGCUCUUUGACCGACGUGUGCGAGUGCUUCAAACAAAUCACCAGUGGAGCUUUCACUCUGGACUGCCACACCUUCAUGCAGAAAAUCUUUACAGAACCUGGGAGCCUGUCAAUGGCAACGAUUGAUAAACUCAGAGAGAAACGUAGACAACGAAUACUGGAGGAAGAAUCUGGAAGGCCAUAAAGUUUUGGAUCCACCAUUUGACUGGCAGCGUUCAUAGUGUAAGACUAACAACUGUUACUAUCGAGAACAAUUAUCUACUACCAGAUGGACUGCUGCUGGCUUGACUUGUCAUUUUCAGAUAGUUCACUAUAAAGGAUGUUUUACCAUGUCUUUUGCUCAUGUUCUGGAGAAAAUGUCAGCUAUAGAUAAAGAUCAUAAAACCUGAUACUUUGUCAAAUAUAUUUAAAUCCGCCACGUUUUUAUGACUUGCGCUAUAGAAGUAUUACUUUGCAGUAGUAUGGGAGUGAAACAACUUAAAUUCCGUUUUAUCUGUAUUUUAUGGAGGGGAAAAAGGGAAUUAAUACAUCUCGUAGUGAAAAUGUUCAAACCUUCCAUUUAUCUUUCUCAAGUAAAAUCAGAAGUUCUAAUUUACAGAACUUUGUUUCACUUUUUAUAGUUUACAGAAACCUAAUACUUUGGUCUAAUCUUUACUGUGAUCUAGCUUACCUCAAAACUGCAUCUGCCAAACAAAUUUCAAUGUUACAUUCUGGGUACGAUGGGGCGCCAAGCAAGCCAAGAUCCUUCACAGUCAAACACCUUUGGACAACCUUCCCUCACGUUGCUUUUACAGACAAACUGAGCAGAGAUGUGAUAAAACUACAGUAAUAAAUAAGCUGUCCCAUGCUGGCUUUCAUUUCAGUCAUUAAAUUAAAGUGAUUUACAUCUGGAGGAUGUAAAACCCAUCACAAUAAAAGUGCAUCUACUAUUUAAAAAAAGU